AUGGGACCUUCGGGGAGCGUGCUGAGCAGCGGACAGAUGCAGGUGGUCCUGUGGGGCAGUUUGGCGGCUCUCGUCACUUUCUUCCUCAUCAGUUUCCUCGUCUUUCUGUGCUCCAGUUGUGACAGAGAAAAGAAGCCGAGACAGCACAGCGGGGACCACGAGAACCUGAUGAACGUGCCUUCUGACAAGGAGAUGUUCAGCCGCUCAAUAACUAGCCUGGCCACAGAUGCACCUGCCAGCAGUGAACAGAACGGAAUACUCACCAAUGGGGACAUUCUUUCAGAAGACAGUACUCUGACCUGCAUGCAACAUUAUGAGGAAGUCCAGACCUCAGCUUCAGAUCUGCUGGACUCCCAGGACAGCUCGGGGAAGCCAAAAUGUCAUCAGAGCCGGGAACUGCCCAGAAUUCCUCCUGACAGCGCCGUGGACAUGAUGCUCAAUGCGAGAGCCGUGGAUGGGGACCAGGGCCUGGGGACGGAAGGGCCAUACGAAGUACUCAAGGAUAGUUCCUCCCAAGAAAAUAUGGUGGAGGACUGCUUGUAUGAAACUGUGAAAGAAAUUAAGGAGGUGGCGGCAGCUGUGAACCCAGGGAAAGGCCAUGGCAGCAGGUCAAAGUCAACUUCCGCUUUGAAAGAGCUUCCGGGGCCUCAAGCCCCCCAAGCAGACUUUGCUGAGUAUGCCUCAGUGGACAGAAACAAAAAAUGUCGACAGAGUGUUAAUGCAGAGACUGUUCUUGGAAAUUCAUGCGAUCUGGAAGAGGAAGCCCCACCACCUGUCCCCGUUAAACUUCUGGAUGAGAAUGAAAACCUUCAGGAGAAGAGAGAGAGCAAGACAGGAGACGAAGGAGCCACAGAGGGGACCAGUGAAACCAACAAGAGAUUUAGUUCAUUGUCGUACAAGUCCCGGGAAGAGGACCCAACUCUCACAGAAGAAGAGAUCUCAGCCAUGUAUUCAUCAGUAAAUAAACCUGGGCAGUCAGGGAAUAAAUCGGGACAGUCUCUUAAAGCUCCAGAGUCCACCUACACCUCCAUCCAAAGCGCCGCUCAGAGAUCCCCCUCUUCCUGUAACGAUCUCUACGCGACUGUUAAAGACUUCGAGAAAACGCCAAACAGCGGUAGCAUGCUUCCAGCAGCAGUGAGACCCAGUGAGGAACCCGAGCCCGAUUAUGAAGCAAUACAGGCUCUAAACAGAGAGGAAGAAAAGGCCACCCCAGAGACCAAUGGCCACCGUGGCCUUCUCCCGAAGGAGAAUGACUAUGAGAGCAUUGGGGACUUGCAGCAGUGCAGAGACAUCACCAGGCUCUAG